AGGAAUUAUGCGAACAACAAUAAAGUGAAAAAAUCGAGUCAGUCCCGACAACAAGUUUAUCAGAGAAGUUCAAUGGCAGCGACUCAAUCUCACUUCUUGACCAACCUGAGAAUCUCCUCCCAACGAGCGGAUGCUCGUGUUUCGUCUUCUUCUUGUGAGAUGGUUACUCGGACGAAUCGGCCAUGGGCUUUGCCAUGUUCCUUGAAAGUUGACACCUUUCAGUUCCAAAGAACAACGAGAAGAGGAUCUCCAUGUUUGGCGAGGUUCGAGGAUGGCGAGUUGCUCAGAAGUGGGAUUGGUGAUGCUGAUGGGAUUAUAAUCGUCGACCACGGUUCUCGUCGCCGCGAAUCUAAUCUCAUGCUCGAGGAGUUUGUGAAGAUGUUCAAAGACAACACUGGCUACCCUAUUGUAGAGCCUGCUCAUAUGGAAUUGGCUGAGCCAUCUAUAAAAAGUGCAUUCAGUUUGUGUGUACAACAAGGAGCGAAACGUGUUGUUGUUAGCCCGUUUUUUCUGUUUCCUGGAAGACAUUGGCAUCAGGACAUUCCUGCUUUGACGGCUGAUGCUGCGAAGGAGUUCUCUGACAUCUCAUACCUCAUUACUGCACCUCUCGGCCUCCACAAUCUCCUCAUUGACGUUGUGAACGACAGAAUCCAACAUUGUCUGAGUCAUGUUGAAGGUGAUGCAGACGAAUGUCUCGUUUGUGCUGGAACAAACAAGUGCAAGCUCUACAAUAGUUCUUAGGCUCAAAAUGUAAGAACUUUUUUUGUAUAUCUUCUGGUUUUCUCUAACCUUUCGGAUGAGGAAAACAAAAAUAAACAGGCUUGUUGUAUUGUCCAUACUCAUCAGUUAUUAUUACACGUUGUAGUUCCACACCAAUUGAAAAAAAACAAUCAUAAUAAGAGUUAGCUGUUGAGUGUAA